GCCAUCGUGGCCAGCAAUCACAUUGCUUUAAGCUUGAGGUUUUCUUAUCCAUAUGUAAUCCUAGCCUUCUGGAUUUACAUUUAGAUUGAGUCCAAGAGACCAAAAUAAUCCCUUUUGUAUGCCAUGUCCUGUUUUGAGCACUUAUUAAAUAGUGAUUUCUCGAGAGGACCUAUGAUGCUGUUAUUAGCACCAUUUCACGAAUAGUUGUGGGCAAAUUGAGGAUCGGGUGCUGAGCUAGCAUCACACAGCCGAGAAAUGGCUGAAGUCAGACGGGAAGUAGAACGCUGGCUCCAGCAGCCUGUGUCCCAGCCCACUGUGCAAACAGCACGACGCUUGGGUGAGGAUGUGCAGGAUGUACAGGGACGCACUGCCCACCUGUCCCCAGCGUUCCUGCAGCCCUGCCCUACCCUGCCCACCGGCCUCGCCCUCCCUCUGCCAACAGAGGCCAGGCAGGGUUUUAUGGGCUCUGAUAAGGCCCUGGUGAGGCCAAAGUCCACCACACUUCCUCUUUGCAAGAGGGAUGGGGUCAUGAGUAAGGCUGGUAGGGGACAGGAGGUUAGGGUGUGCCCUAGGCAGCCACAGAAGAGGGACCCGGUGGACACUCCCUGCCAGCCCCUCCCCUGGGUAUAAAGGCCACCUACCCCUUGCGGCGGCCUGCAUUCCCACCCUGCAGCUCCUCUCCUGGACAGUCACAGCCCAGCCUCAAGAUGGCCUACGUCCCUGCACCGGGCUACCAGCCCACCUACAACCCGACUCUGCCCUACAACGCGCCCAUCCCGGGCGGCCUCAGCAUCGGAAUGUCAGUUUAUAUCCAAGGAGUGGCCAACAAGAACAUGAACCGAUUCUCUGUGAACUUCGUGGUGGGAAGUUCCCCGGGGUCAGACAUUGCCUUCCACUUCAACCCCCGCUUUGACGGCUGGGACAAGGUGGUCUUCAACACGAAGCAGGGCGGCCAGUGGGGCGAGGAGGAGCGGAAGAGGAGCAUGCCCUUCAGCAAGGGCAACGCCUUUGAGCUGGUUUUCAUGGUCCUGGCCGAUCACUACAAGGUCGCAGUGAAUGGAAACCCCUUCUACGAGUUCAAGCACCGGCUCCCCUUACACAUGGUCACCCACCUGCAGGUGGAUGGCGAUCUGCAGCUGCAAUCAAUCAACUUCCUCGGAGGCCAGCCCGCCCCAAGCCAGAGACCCAUGGGCGUGCCGCCUUACCCUGCUCCUGGGUAUGGCCCUCCGCAGAUGCAGAUGAACAGCCUGCCCGUCAUGACGGGGCCUCCAGUCUUCAACCCGCCUGUACCAUACACUGGGAAACUUCAUGGGGGGCUCAGCCCCCGAAGGACCAUCAUAAUCAAGGGCUACAUACCCCCCACAGCCAAGAGCUUUGCCAUCAACUUCAAGGUGGGGUUCUCCGGGGAUCAGGCACUGCACAUUAAUCCCCGCCUGCAUGAGGGCAUCGUGGUCCGGAACAGCCACCUGAGGGGCUCGUGGGGCUCCGAGGAGAGAAAUCUUGCCUUCAACCCAUUCCGCCCAGGCCAGUUCUUUGAUCUCUCCAUCCGCUGCGGUAUGGAUCGCUUCAAAGUUUUCGCCAAUGGCCAGCACCUCUUUGACUACUCUCAUCGCCUCCCAGCCUUCCAGAGUGUGGACACGCUGGAAAUCCAUGGUGAUGUCACCUUGUCCUAUGUCCAGAUCUGAUCUCUUCCUGGGAAAACAAGAAAGAUCCUCCAGGGUUCCCUUCUAAGGCCCUAAUAAAAUGUCU